AUGCUCGAGGGGGAUAGGAAUAGUAGGAAUAGUAGUAGUGGCGGGAGCAUCCAGGAGCUCCUAAGAGCGCUCGAUGAGCACCCGAACCGCAAUGCCUUGUUUGCGGAGAUCGGCGAGCUUCUCGUCAGGAGGCUCGCCGAGGCGGAGGCCGACCGUGGUCGGGAGCGAGCUGAGGAGCCGGAGGAACCGGAAGAGAUGGUCGAGCCGGAGGCUGAGGAGCCGGAGGAACCGGAAGAGCUGGUCGAGCCGGAGGCUGAGGAGCCGGAGGACCACGCUCGAGAGUGCGGCCAUGGGUGCGGCAGCCGCGAGGAGGUGUGA